GGCCGCCCGCCUGACCUCCCGGUCGUGCAGCUGUUGUCGCGCCCGCGCGUCCCCUCUGGAGGCUUUGGGACGACGCCCUGGGCGUCCCACUGCUGGGAACUGCAACCAUGAAUGAAGAAAAUACAGAUGGAACAAAUGGAUGCAGUAAAGUCCGAACUGGUACUCAGAAUGAAGCAGCAUUACUUGCUUUGAUGGAAAAGACUGGAUACAACAUGGUUCAAGAAAAUGGGCAAAGGAAGUUUGGUGGUCCGCCUCCAGGUUGGGAAGGUCCACCUCCACCUAGAGGCUGUGAAGUUUUUGUAGGAAAAAUACCUCGUGAUAUGUAUGAAGAUGAGUUAGUUCCUGUAUUUGAAAGAGCUGGGAAGAUAUAUGAAUUUCGACUUAUGAUGGAAUUUAGUGGUGAAAAUCGAGGUUAUGCUUUUGUGAUGUAUACUACAAAAGAAGAAGCCCAGUUAGCCAUCAGAAUUCUUAAUAAUUAUGAAAUUCGACCAGGGAAGUUUAUUGGUGUGUGUGUAAGCUUGGAUAAUUGCAGAUUAUUUAUUGGAGCUAUUCCAAAGGAAAAGAAGAAGGAAGAAAUCUUGGAUGAAAUGAAGAAAGUUACAGAAGGAGUUAUAGAUGUCAUUGUUUACCCAAGCGCAACUGAUAAGACCAAAAAUCGCGGUUUUGCAUUUGUUGAAUAUGAAUCUCACAGAGCUGCUGCUAUGGCUAGGAGAAAACUAAUUCCAGGAACCUUCCAACUGUGGGGCCAUACCAUUCAGGUAGAUUGGGCUGACCCAGAGAAAGAGGUUGAUGAGGAAACCAUGCAGAGAGUUAAAGUUCUCUAUGUACGAAAUUUAAUGAUCUCAACUACAGAGGAAACAAUUAAAGUAGAAUUCAAUAAAUUCAAACCUGGUGCGGUUGAACGAGUAAAGAAACUUAGAGAUUAUGCUUUUGUUCACUUUUUCAACCGAGAAGAUGCAGUGGCUGCUAUGUCUGUUAUGAAUGGAAAAUGCAUUGAUGGAGCAAGUAUUGAGGUAACACUGGCAAAACCUGUAAAUAAAGAAAACACUUGGAGACAGCAUCUUAAUGGUCAGAUUAGCCCCAAUUCGGAAAACCUGAUUGUGUUUGCUAACAAAGAAGAGAGCCACCCCAAAACUCUAGGCAAGCCACCAACUCUUCCAGCUCGUCUCAAUGGCCAGCAUAGCCCGAGCCCCCCUGAAAUUGAAAGAUGCACUUAUCCAUUUUUUCCUGGAACAAAGCUUACUCCAAUUAGUAUGUAUUCUUUAAAAUCCAGUCAUUUCAAUUCUGCAGUAAUGCAUUUGGAUUAUUACUGCAACAAAAAUAAUUGGGCACCACCAGAAUAUUAUUUAUAUUCAACAACAAGUCAAGAUGGGAAAGUACUCUUGGUAUAUAAGAUCAUUAUUCCUGCUAUUGCAAAUGGAUCCCAGAGUUACUUCAUGCCAGACAAACUCUGUACUACUCUGGAAGAUGCAAAGGAACUGGCAGCCCAGUUUACGUUACUUCAUUUGGACAGGGAACACAGUCUCUUCAGCCUGGACUUAUGUAGAAGAAUUUGGAGAAAAUAAACAGGUCCUUUCUGAUGUUGCUUGAGCUUAUUCUCCUGCAGUUGAUCUCAUUCCUGUUGGCUUAAUAUUAAGUCCCAUGGCAAUACUAAGUUAACAUCCAUUUUUAGGCCUCGUUUAUAGCACCAGGAAAAUAAUAGAAAAAACUUUACUUGUGCAUUAGAUGACCUAAUUUCUUCUGUUCCUAGAAACACCAUACCUUUUAUAAAUAAUCACUAUAGUCAUUUUCACACCCUUGGCUUACUCUACACCAAAGAACAUAGUUGAGUUUUUGGAAGGUACAGGAUUUACAAAUUUGGUCUUUAGUACUCACACACAUCUAUAAACAUUAUAACUAAUGAAGCAGGAAAUUAUCAUACAUAAGAUGAAUGUUUAUUGUGGAACAGUAGUAUUUCAAAUGUUGGUUUCUAAAGAAAUAAUUUAGUUUAAUUUUUGGAUUUUUCUGUACUGUAAGUUGAUAAUGGUUUCUUGAAGUUUAUUUUAUAAAGAUGAUUCAUUUUACUGUUUUAUGGUACCAGUAGGAUUCUAAUGUUAAAUUGGUUUGUGGGGUUGUAUAAAUGUUUACAUUAGUAUUUAAAUAAUGAAAUAUUAGACAGUUUUUGCAGUCCAGGGGUAAAUGUGCCUGCUGGCUUGAUACCUAAUACAGUUUCAAAAAAGAAGCAAAUAUGAAUUCACUGUUUUAUAUCUUUUCUUCUUGGACGAUCCCUUAGUGUCAGUACCAAAUUUAAAAGGAGUUUCCUUGUGGAUAGAGCAAGAGAAAUCAGAGGUUCUCUUUUUCGGUGAUCAUAAAGACACAAAACAAUAGAUAUCCAAGAAUGUAUUCUAGUAAGAUCUCUGAAACAUUGUGUCAGUGAAAGUUUACGUAAUACUGACUGAUGAAACCAUCAGGAUUUGCAAUGCAGUGAAUGCUGAAACAGUCUUUACCAGCAAUAUAAGAUUAUCAGGAUUUUGAAUGUUAGAACAUUAUGUUAAACUGUGAUUAUAGUUUUAAUGCUUUGUCUCUUUGAAUUAAAUUUGUAACCAUAAAGAUGUGAAGCAUAAUUGUUAUGUAUUUAUUUACAGACAGCAAUUUACGUCGCAGCUCAAUAAAUAGUCUUUCCCCUGUUAGUGCUACCCUCUCUUCUGGGCCUCCCAGCCUGCUUCC